AUGAUGCCCGCGGCGCACGUCUACGGACACCACCAGUUCACGCCCCAGGGCGCUGACCAGCCGUGGAUGCACCAGCAGUCCGCCGCCCACCAUCCCCAUGCGCAACAACAGCAACAGGCCGCCGCAGCCGCCGCCGCCGCCUCCGUGGUCCAGCAGCAGCAGCACUUCAGCCGCCUCGCCGCUGGCGGCCACUCGUCCGUCGGCGGCGGCCAGAUCCCCACCCACGCCCAGGAUGCCGCCCACGACAACGUCUCCGAGGACAACCGCCGCACCAUGGCCUAUAUUGCCGAUCUGCUCAACGAGAACACCCGCGAGGCCGCUCUCCUCGAGCUGAGCAAGAAGCGCGAGCAGGUUCCCGAGCUGGCCCUCAUCCUGUGGCAUUCCUUCGGCGUCAUGACCUCUCUGCUCCAGGAGAUCAUCUCCGUCUACACCCUCCUCAACCCUUCGCAGCUAACCGCCGCUGCUUCCAACCGCGUCUGCAACGCCCUCGCCCUCCUCCAGUGCGUGGCAUCCCACAACGACACCAGAACCCUGUUCCUCAACGCGCACAUUCCCCUCUUCCUCUACCCCUUCCUUAACACCACCUCCAAGUCUCGACCUUUCGAAUACCUCCGUCUCACUAGCUUGGGUGUUAUCGGCGCCCUCGUUAAGAAUGAUUCUUCCGAGGUCAUCAACUUCCUCCUCACAACCGAGAUCAUCCCUCUCUGCCUGCGCAUCAUGGAGACGGGCUCGGAACUUAGUAAGACCGUGGCCAUCUUCAUCGUCCAGAAGAUCCUCCUCGAUGAUAACGGCCUCAACUAUAUCUGCGCUACCUACGAGCGCUUCUACGCCGUCGGCACUGUCCUCAGCAACAUGGUUGCUCAGCUCGUUGAGUCCCAGACGGCUCGCCUCCUCAAACACGUUGUUCGGUGCUUCCUUCGCCUGAGUGAUAACGCCCGAGCCCGCGAAGCGCUCCGCCAAUGUCUCCCCGAACCCCUCCGAGAUGCCACCUUUUCUUCCGUCCUUCGAGAUGAUGCCGCCACCAAGCGGUGUCUGGCUCAGUUGCUCAUUAACCUCUCCGACAACGUGGUGGAUCCCGGCUCGACUGGCGUCUCCAACAUGUAA